CUAUGGUCAAAACCGUUUCUCGUUACAGGUAACACCACCGCCCUUCACAACCCUCAUCCUCGUCAUCUCCGCUUAAACCCUAACAGAGCACAUUCCGCCAUUGAUACACCUCUCCCCAAACUCCCGUGCCUUUGCUCUUUUCUCUGAUACCUCUCAUUUUUCGUGCGAAUUUGAGGGACAGAGAGAUGAAAGGACUCUUCAAGUCGAAACCCCGAACGCCGGCCGAGCUCGUGCGUCAAACGCGCGAUCUCUUAAUCUACGCAGACCGCAACACCGAGACGCGGGAACACAAGCGUGAAGAAAAGAUGUCUGAACUCAAUAAACUCAUUCUGGAGAUGAGGUCAAUUCUUUAUGGAGUUGGUGGAGCAGAGCCACUUUUAGAAGCUUGUUCUCAGCUGACACAAGAGUUUUUCAAGGAGGGCAUUUUGCGCCUUCUGAUCAUCAGUCUUCACAAACUGGACUUGGGAGCUCGUCAAGAUGCCACUCAUGUGGUUGCCAAUUUGCAAAGACAACGAGUCAACUCAUACUCGAUUGCUUGUGACUACUUGGAAAAUAAUCUUGAUCUUUUAGAUAUUUUAGUUCUGGGUUAUGAAGACAGUGACAUUGCUUUAUCUUAUGGUGCAAUAUUGAGGGAGUGUAUACGUCACCAAAGCAUUGCCAGGUACAUCUUGGAAUCAGACCAUAUGAAGAAGUUUUUCGAUUAUACACAAAUUCCAAAUUUUGAAAUAGCAUCAGAUGCUGCUGCAAGUUUUAAAGAACUUUUGACUAGGCAUAAAUCAACUGUUGCGGAAUUUCUUUCUAGAAAUUAUGACUGGUUCUUCCCAGAAUAUAAUACAAAGUUGAUGGGAUCAUCUAAUUACAUUACCAGAAGGCAUGCUGUUAAGCUUCUGGCAGAUAUGUUGCUGGACCGUUCAAAUUCUGCUGUGAUGAUCCGGUACGUGAGCUCAUUGGAUAACAUGAGGAUCCUGAUGAAUCUUCUCAGGGAUUCCCACAAGAACAUCCAGAUUGAAGCAUUUCAUGUGUUUAAGCUAUUUGCUGCAAAUCAAAAUAAGCCUGCCGAGAUUGUCAACAUCCUUGUCACGAACAAAAGCAAGCUCCUCCGGUUUUUUGAUGACUUUAACUUUGAUAAAGUGGAUGAGCAGUUUGAGGCGGACAAAGCUCAAGUCAUCAACGAGAUUGCAAUCCUUGAACCCAAAGAUAUUCCAUGUGCAACUUUAGAUAAACAUGUAAUUCAAUGUUGAUUGUGUUAAAAAGUCCGUGGCCCUUUCUCUUCAACAAUGCACAUCAUUAAAUACAUCUUUUUGACAUC